GCCUUCUGGAGCCCCUCUCCACCAAGAGUGAAGUCUUCUGCUCGUGGGAGGGAAAAUAAACCAGAAGGUUUGAGAUCCAGAGAAGGAGAAAGAAGGAGACAAAGGGCUGUCUCUGAGCAACCUUUUCCCCACAGUGUGGAUGAGAGCUUCUGUCCAUCAUGGCAUCAGCAGCUCCCCCAAAAAGGGUGGUGUCUUCUGUCUUCAUCACUUUGGCGUCUCCUCAUCGGGCCACUGUCACACAGCGGCAGCCCUCCCUCAAAGCCUACAGCUUACAGCUGGGCGCAGAAACCCAGGACACCAGCCCGGCUGGCGGUUUACCCGGCCCCAGACACAGGACGGAGGACCACUCACCCUCCGACACCCGCGGUUCUGUAAACGGCAAAAGCUGGACUCAUGCAAAGGCCAGGACUCCUACACCUGCACAAAGCGGACAACAGGAAAACGCAGACCAAACAAAGAGAUGCUCACCAGGGCUCUUUCUUCCUCCUCCUCCUCCUCCUCCUCCUCCUCUUCUCGAUGCAUGGCGUCCAUCUCCAGAAGAUUCAGCUCUUCUGCCAGCCCCUCCAGCACAGACUCAUUCUCAUCAUCGACCCUUUCCCCCACAUCAGCAGCCAACAUCCGAGAAAAAGGUGGAAACAAUCACACCACCUAGUGGGAUGAGAAAAGAGGAAGAAGCCAAUGGAAUGAGAAACAGCGGUGGAGAGGAGGCAGUCAGGGAGAGCGGCGACUUGUGCGGCUUUUGUCGGAAACCAAUAGCCCUUUUUGAGACUGCCAUCGAUGCCCUGAACAGGACCUACCAUGCUGGUUGUUUCCAGUGCAGAUCUUGUCACAUUCCGCUGGCUGGUGAACUCUACUACAACAAAGCAAUGAUCCCCAUCUGUCAGGAAUGUUACCAGGCCAGUUUGGAGCUUUGCUGGGCAUGUGGGGAGGCCAUCAUAGACGACAUCAUCCAUGCACUGGAGCGACCAUACCACCCUUCCUGUUUCACAUGCACCACAUGUCAUCAGCAGAUCGGUGAGCAGACUUUUGCUCAAGGAGAAGUCGGAGAAGUUUACUGCCUUUUGGACUACUACAGGAAGUAUGCUCCUGAGUGUGGCGUCUGUAAUCAACUGAUCAUUCCCAAAGAAGACGGUACUGACAGCUACAUUAUUGAAUGUCUGGGUCGUUCUUACCAUGAAAACUGCUUUAGGUGUGAGGUCUGUGUCAUCAAGCUACCCCACGAGCACGGCUGCUACCCGUUAGAUGGCAGGCUGCUUUGUAAGGCUUGUCAUGUGAACUUGGCCUCGGGGGUGCAGUGACGUCACUGAAACCACUGGUGGAGGGGGCGAUCCCACAAGCCCACGCCUGUUCCACACACUGAGAGAUGGCGCACUGAAGACACUUCCGUGAAUGUCUAACCCUUUCUUCCGUUCUUCUACUUUCCCACCAUUCUUAUUCUAUUUCAUACUUGAUCAUUUUGCACUCUUUUAAAAAAAAAAUGCUCCAAACAUAUUCAUGGAACCUUACAGAAAAGACAUGCCAGGAAUUUGUAGACGUAGACUGAUCUCCAGGUGCUUCAUUGUAAAAAAUAUCCAGAUGAGUAUCCAGAAUCUGUCAACAGGAACUACAUGUAUAUCAUACAAUCAAUGAGUUACAGUAGCCAGGUUAUCUUUUUGAAGAAGAAAAAAACCGUCAACAUGAAAACAUGGAUUUAAAAAAAGACAAAAACUUAUAGAUCACGGAAUUAUUUAAUGUUCAUACCUUCAAUGAUGUAUGACAAUAUCUUUCUUUUAAAACGUGUCUGUUAUUUAUGCUUUUUUUUUAUUUGUGUAAAUUGACACUGUAUUACUCUGCCACGAUCUGAACUUUAGAUUUUAAAGUGUCAAAAGAGGAACAGUUGCUGCAAAGCUUUGUGCCCUCAUGAGAGGUCAAAGUGGAGAGUAGGAGGUCACAGCACUUUACCACAAUGUUUAGGAGCAACAAUAGAAACGUUUGAUCCUUUAAAGUUUUUUUGGACAUACCUAAAGUGUAACUUAUGAAAGUACAAAAGCACAACCUGCUGGUGAGUCACACGUUCAAAGCAUUUCCUAAUUACAUCUUUGUAAAUGCACAGACAUAUAAUAAAAAUAGACAAAUUCAAAUGAACAAAAAAACAAUAUUAUAUGCAUACAACAAAUUCCAAUAUUCCCUUUUAUUUUUAUGUGUCUUUGUAAAAUAACUGUAUUAUAUUAAAGGUUUUGAAAAGCAAAAUAUCAUCUGCAUAUAUAUUUCUUAAUCCUGUACUGCUAAAAUCAGAUUGUUUUCACAAUUCUUCUUUCUUACUGCAUCUUUGAGCGAAAGUUUGAGCCCCACGGCAUACUCAAAAACUCACCUAAGUUUGCACACAACUUCUACUCGGUGAAAAUGAAUUUAGAGAAUCCUGAAGAUGAUGGCAUCACCGUGGGAGAAACUGUCAAAAAAAUUAAUUAGGCCAAAAUCUCUCAUGGAGCUCAAAAUGUUUUUUUUUCUCCAAAUCCAGGAAUAAAACCAAAACACACGUGUUGGGGAUAUCCAAAGGAAAUGUUGAAAUGAUUACAGGACCUACAGCUUGGUGGCCAUUUUGCGGCAAAGUGUGAAAUAUUUUCACGUUUUCCCACAUUAUAGAAAGAAAAAACAUUUGUUCGAGCGAUCUUCACAGAAAUUCACACAUACACACCACCAGGCUGAGUCUACAAUUGAGGCUUUGUUGACCCACCAUCUUUUAUAGUAAGAAAAAAACAACUUUAGUACUAAGUUACGAAUUUAAAGGGAUUUUGUUCCCAACUCUGCAAACAUCAUGAGGAAGCUACAUUACCUGGGAAAUGGCGUUAGCAAGGUGAGCUUGCAAAAGUGGCGUUUCCCUCUUGUGGUUUACAAAAAACCUCAGGUAGCAUUCCAGCCGUUUAAUGCCGCUCACCGCUUUCAUUUUUCAGAUUAUUUUCCAAAAAUUUUCAGAGAUUUGACAUAAUUACCACUAUUUUGACCAAUAUUUCAAAAUACUCCCAGAGUUUAAAUAGUUUUGAAUUCAAUUACAGAGAUUUGUAUUUGAUUUAUGAGCCAAAUUUCUAUUAAAAACUGUGUUUAU